AUGGCCGCGUCGAUCCCCUCCACAAUGAGAGCUUCCCAAUGGACUUCGAUCCAGGGCACCAUUGAGAAGAGUCUCAAGGUCAACGAGAACGCCGCCUUGCCCAAAUCUGCAAGCUCGCUCGCUAAAGAUCAAACUCUUGUCAAGGUCCACUAUGCCGCUCUCAAUCCAGUCGAUUACAAACUACCCGAAGCACCUGUUGUUGGCAGCAUGGCCAUUUCCAAGCCAGCAUCACCCUGUAUGGACUUCGCCGGUGUGGUUGUGAAGACCUCGAGAAGCGACUUGCAGCCCGGUCAAGCUGUCUUCGGCAAGACGGAGCCUCCCNUCUUUGGUGCCAUGGCCGAAUACCUGGUCGCUGGCCGUGACGGAACUAUCGCUCUCCCCGAUGGCGUCAAGCCCGAGGAUGCUGCAUGCGUUGGUGUUGCUGGUCUGACUGCCUACCAAUGCAUUGUCCCCAACGUCAAGGCUGGAGACAAGAUCUUCAUCAACGGUGGAUCAGGAGGUACUGGCUCUUUCGGUAUCCAAUUUGCGAAGGCCAUGGGCUGUGAGGUCACAACCACAUGCUCUGGACCGAACGUGGACCUCUGCAAAGGCCUGGGCGCCGACGAGGUCAUCGACUACCGUACUGAAGACGUUCUAGAAACUUUCACGCGUAGCGGUAAGCGUUUCGACCUCAUCGUCGACUUUGUCGGUUCCCCUGAGUUGUACUGGCAGUCCCACUACUUCACCAAGGAAAGCGCAAAGGUUGUAAAUGUUGGAGCCACCAUGAGCCUAGACUUCUUCCGUCGUCUGUUGCCCAUCUUCCUCCUGCCAAGAUUCCUGGGAGGUGGUUCACUCAAGUACGAGUUCCUGACAUGUCACGCCAAAGAAGACGACUUUAAGCAGAUCGGAAAGUGGAUGGCUGAAGGAAAGGUCAAGCCCGUCAUUGCUGAGAUUUUCGGUCUUGAAGACGUACCUAAGGCGUUUGAAACGCUCAAGACUGGACGUGUUCGUGGCAAGUUGGUCGUCAAGGUUUCGAACGAGUAA